AGCUUUCACGAGCAAGGACGCAAGUGAAGGAGACCAACCACAAAGGGACAGCCCGCCAUUAAUUUCUUCCUUGCGAGAGCUGGUCUUCAAUUCCCGUUCCGUUCCAACCCGGCACCCGCAUCGGGCUUCUCGCCCGCCUCUCCUGCCUCGAUCCAUAUAUCUCCACGGAUAUACCACCACCGCCACCAACACUCCACGACGGCGACUCCUACUAGUUAACCACUUGUCGCCACCAACAAAUUCGAUCCCCGCGCCGCCUAGGAAGGACAGGCGGAGGAAGCAGCAGCGGUAGUACCCUAGGAACCCAACAGGAGCGUAGCCAUGGCGGCGGCGGACGGAGGGGAAGCGGACCACCUCGCCGGCGAGAGGGCCACGGCGCAGUUCGACGUCGACGGCAUGAAGGUCGCCUGGGCAGGCUCCCGCCACGCCGUCGAGGUCAACGACCGCAUGGCACGCCUCGUCGCCUCCGACCCGGUGUUCCGCAAGGAUACCAGGACGAUGCUCCCCAGGAAGGAGCUGUUCAAGGACACGCUCAAAAAGGCCGCACAUGCGUGGAAGCGCAUCGUCGAGCUACGUCUUACAGAAGAGGAAGCAAAUUUGCUGAGGCUAUACGUGGACCAGCCUGGUUAUGUUGAUCUGCAUUGGGGCAUGUUUGUUCCUGCUAUAAAAGGGCAAGGCACUGAAGAGCAGCAGAAGAAGUGGUUACCAAUGGCCUACAAGUUCCAAAUUAUUGGAUGCUAUGCUCAGACUGAACUCGGUCACGGUUCAAAUGUUCAGGGUCUUGAGACAACUGCCACAUUUGAUCCAAGUACUGAUGAGUUUGUUGUGCACAGCCCAACUCUGACCUCCAGCAAGUGGUGGCCUGGUGGCUUAGGAAAAGCUUCCACUCAUGCAGUCGUCUAUGCUCGUCUGAUAACUGAAGGAAAAGACUAUGGCAUCCAUGGUUUCAUUGUGCAGUUGCGAAGCUUAGAGGAUCACUCUCCGCUUCCUGGCAUUACUCUUGGUGAUAUUGGUGGAAAAUUUGGCAGCGGUGCAUAUAACAGUAUGGAUAAUGGUGUUCUACGAUUUGACCACGUGCGCAUCCCAAGGGAUCAAAUGUUGAUGAGGCUGUCGCAAGUCACAAGAGAGGGAAAAUACGUCCACUCCAAUGUUCCAAAGCAGCUGCUUUAUGGGACAAUGGUUUACGUUCGUCAAACAAUUGUUGCGGAUGCUUCCAAGGCUUUGUCCCGUGCUGUUUGCAUUGCUGUAAGGUAUAGCGCUAUCCGAAAGCAGUUUGGUGCUCAAGCUGGUGGCCCUGAGACUCAGGUCAUCAAUUACAAGACUCAACAGAGCAGGCUCUUUCCUUUGCUGGCUUCAGCUUAUGCAUUUAGAUUUGUGGGUGAGUGGCUGAAGUGGUUAUACACUGAUGUCACACAAAAGCUUGAAGCUAAGGAUUUCUCAACACUGCCCGAGGCUCAUGCCUGUACUGCUGGGCUGAAGUCUGUGACAACAUCUGCAACAGCUGAUGCAAUUGAAGAAUGCCGAAAGCUCUGUGGUGGACAUGGUUACCUGAACAGCAGUGGGCUUCCUGAAUUGUUUGCAGUCUAUGUUCCUGCUUGCACUUAUGAAGGAGACAAUGUCGUUUUGCUUUUGCAGGUUGCAAGGUUUCUAAUGAAGACUGUUUCUCAACUGGCUUCUGGGAAGCAACCUGUUGGGACAACAGCUUACAUGGGCAACAUACAAUAUUUGAUGCAAUCCAAAUGUGCUGUAAAUACAGCUGAAGAAUGGCUUAAUCCUGCUGUCAUAAAAGAGGUAUUUGAAGCUAGGGCUCUGAGGAUGGCGGUAAAUUGUGCCCAGAACAUAAGCAAGGCACCAAGCCAAGAAGAAGGUUUCUCUGAGCUGUCCCCUGAUUUGCUCGAGGCUUCCGUGGCUCACGUGCAGUUGAUUAUUGUGACCAAGUUCAUCGAGAAACUGCAGCAGGACAUCCCAGGGCAUGGCGUGAAGGACCAGCUCCAGAACCUCUGCAACAUCUAUGCUCUCCACCUUCUCCACAAGCACCUGGGUGACUUCCUCUCGACGGGCUGCGUCACGGCCAAGCAGGGCGCGCUGGCGAACGAGCAGCUUGGAAAGCUCUACGCCGCGGUGCGCCCCAACGCGGUGGCGCUGGUGGACGCGUUCGACUACACAGACCACUACCUGGGGUCUGUCCUGGGGCGGUACGACGGCGACGUGUACCCGGCGCUGUACCAGGAGGCGUGGAAGGACCCCCUGAACGACACGGUGGUGCCCGACGGGUACCACGAGCACCUCCGGCCGCUGCUCAAGCAGCAGCUCAAGCUCUCCAGGCUAUAAUGCUGAUGAUGGUGGUGAUCCGUUUUACAUAUUCUUGUACUGGUGAAAAAUCUGAAGCAAUAAUCAAGGAGAAGAUGACUGGUAGACUAAGAUAAGAGAAUAAAAAUUGUACCGGUGGUAGUAGUAUUAGCACGGUUUUUAUUGUGGUUCGGUUAUUGGUGGGCAGCAAGAUGGUGCCCGGCAACUUAGCAAGUGUGUGAAUUCUAUUCUAGUCUAUUCUAUGUACUUCAAAGAAUGGGGUUGGCAUGAUACUAUCUUGAAUUAUGCGAGUGCUCAUUAUCAUUAAUAAAAAACCUGCCAUAAUAAUAAUUUCA